UAAGAACUGAUGAAUACAGAAAGCAUUUUGUUGAUUAAGACAGAAUAUUUAUUUACUCUGGUAAGAAAAAGGUAUAUUUGAAGAUGAGUGUGGAAGUUAUACAAGAAAUGAAAGGGAAUGUCAAAAAUAAACAGAAGGAGACUAAAAGUUGUUAUGAGUCGCUUAAAACUCUGUUCAAUAGUCACAGGAUGAUCAUGAUUAUUGUUUUCAUUGCAAUUCUACUUGAUAAUAUGCUGCUGACAGCUAUCGUUCCAAUUGUGCCCAAAAUACUUAGUGAUGGAGAUAAAAUUAGCAAGAUUAUUGAAAAUGAAACAUCAGGCAGUGAAUGCAAUGAUGGAGUAUUUAAUUUAAGAACAUCUAAAAUCAAUAACACAGAUUUUAUACGUUGCUUUAAUCAAUCAAAUAAGACUUAUCAUGAGAUGAACCACGAAGAACAUAGUAAUGAAAUUGGUCUGAUGUUUGCAAUAAAGCCAAUUGUUCAGUUGAUAUGUAAUCCAUUUAUUGGUCCAAUUACAAAUAGAAUUGGUUAUAGUAUUCCAAUGUUUACUGGAUUGAUUAUCAUGUUUGUAUCAACAAUGAUUUUUGCAUUUGGUAACAACUAUUACCUUCUGUUAGUUGCUAGAGCUGUUCAAGGAAUGGGAUCAGCGUGUUCCAGUGUAUCAGGUAUGGGAAUGUUGGCAACUUACUACACUGAUGAAAAAGAAAGAGGUCGUGCAUUCGCCUUCGCUUUAAGUGGUCUAGCAUUAGGCGUAUUGAUUGGACCACCGUAUGGAGGCGUAACAUUUCAGUUCAUCAGUAAAGAAGCUCCAUUUCUUAUAUUAGCUGGCUUGACUUUAUUCGAUGGAAUUCUUCAGCUGAUUACACUAAAACCAUCUGUGAAACGAGAAAAUCAAAAAGGCACAUCUUUACUGCGACUGUUAAUGGAUCCAUAUAUUCUUAUUGCAACCGGUGCAAUAACAUUUGGAAACUUGGGUAUGGCUAUUCUUGAGCCAACAUUACCAUUAUGGAUGAAAAUCAAAAUGAACUCUGAAGAAUGGGAACAAGGAGUUUCAUUUCUAUCUGGAAGUGUAUCUUAUCUAAUCGGUACAAAUAUAUUUGGACCAAUUUCACAUAGAAUUGGACGUGGUAACAGUGCAGGCAUAGGAUUAUUAAUUUGUUGCUUUAGUCUAAUCGGUCUACCAUUUUCAACAAAAGUAGAACAUUUAAUAGCUCCUAUGUUUGGUCUUGGAUUCGCUAUUGGUAUGAUUGACUCAUCAAUGAUGCCAAUUAUGGGGUACUUGGUCGAUUUACGACAUGUUGCAAUUUAUGGUAGUGUUUAUGCAAUUGCUGAUGUUGCGUUCUGCGUGGGAUUCGCAGCUGGUCCCUUGCUUGGUACCGUAUUGCAAAGAGCUUUGGGUUUCAAAUGGAUGCUUUGGAUUACUGCAAUAAUAUCCUUUGUAUAUGCUCCACUAACAAUAUUUCUCAGAAAACCUCCGAAACGAGACGACGCUAGUGAUCAGGUGGUGGUGAGUGAAUCUACAAACAUGUAGUCAAACGGACAACCACAUAUGUAAAUUCCCAAUAAAAAUGAGUGUUGUAUACAAAGGUGAAAAAGGAAACAAUUUCAAUUGUGCUAAUAUUCUCCUUCAUUAUAUGUUUCAAUAUAUCAUGAAAUAUAAAUAUGUAUUCUU